UCCUAUUCUUGGAUCUCUGCUUUUGUUAGCGAGGGGCCUUUCUGCUGUGGGUAACGGCCUCCUUUGCCCCUCCAUCUCUUUCCAUUCCCUGCAUAUGUACAGCAUCUCUGGAAAAGAGAAAGCUGGGUCCCUUUCGUUCAGCUGUGUAAAACCAGCCUGAAAUAGCCAGGAUUGCACAGGAUGAUGGUUGAUUUUACUUUCAAAAUAAAAGAGCCAGUUGCCAGCUCACAUGUGUCAACCAUUCUGCUUUCAUGCCCUAUGUGAUAUAUAUAAAAUGUGCAGAGUAUUGGGUGCCUUUGCCUCAAAAGGGCCAACUUUGGUUUUGUGUGUGAGAUAUAUGAUACUGUAUAUAUACUGUAUAUUUGUAUAUAUGUUUCACUGAAUAUACUUUGUAGGAGUCCUUUAGACACCGUGAUUAUUUUAUUAUAGUAAAGGUCUAUGUGUUACCUGUAGACCUUCAAUAUGGCCAAUAGUAUUAUGCCACUGUUUUGGGAGAAUGACCUGGGCUUAUGCUUAAUUAAAAUGUUAAUGACUGAUUUUUUUUUUUUUUUCGAGAUAGCUUUCACUUCAAAACACACAACUCUCUCAAGAGGCAGCAGCAGUUUUGUACAAAAUCACGUCUCCUAACGUAUGACUAUACCUGUGCGAUAACUUAAAACAGACCCUUUUUUUUCGGCCAUAUGUUCGGUUACACAUGACGUACUAGGCUAUUGGCUACUACAGUAUAUUACCAUCAGCUAUUAUAUGAUUUGUAAAUCUUUGCUCGGUUAGCUUGUGGAAUAUGGUUGUAUGGUUGAUAAGACAUGUACUAUGGUUGUUUCAAAUGUAAGCUAACCCUUGUUUUGUAGUUGCCCGCCGGUAAUGCAACACAUCCGCAAAGCUGACUUUUUGCGGACAUGUGCAAUAGUUGCGCUUUUAUUGUGAAACGCCCAGCGCCCCACUUCCGGUACUCCUGUCGCUAACUCCGUCUGGCUCGACACAGCUGAGCAGAGGAUGGCUGCCUGCGUCUGAGCUGCUGCCUCUGCGCUCACAGAGGGAAAACUCAACGUCAAUAGACAAGGAAAGCGCGAGGAGACGAGAGGAGGAGAGGAGGGAAAGGAGUUUUACCAAGACCAGGAAAUAGUUCUCACACAUUUAUUUCCCCGGGAGGUUUUUAAUUCUUGUCUGGAACGAAAGGGGGGAUUUUUAGACCAUGCCUGCUGAAGUGAAACAGGAGCAGAGCCCCAGCAACACCACAUCCCUGGCUAUGAUGCAGGAGCCACAGGAGGUGGUGGAGGAGACGGUCACCAUAGAGGAGGACCCUGGCACCCCCACCUCCCAUGUCUCCGUGGUCACCUCUGAUGACGGCACCACACGGCGCACAGAAACCAAGGAUAUCUCAUCUAACGUGAAGGUGACUAAGAUGGUGAAGACGGUGACCACGCGGACGGUGCGCCAGGUGCCCCUGGGGCCCGACGGCUUGCCCCUGCCUGAAGGCUCGUCCCCACUGGGCAGCUACACCGACUCCAUCGACCGGCGCUACAUGAAGAAUGGAGGGGACCGCUUCAUCACCCCUCAAGCGACCUCCACUCUGACGCGCUCCUACAACAACUCCUACAACGAUUCAUAUGGAGAAACGCCCGAGAGCCAGUACGUCCGCCACUACGGCCUGCACGAUGGCUACGCCGAUUUAACUGAGAACUACGGCAGCCUGUCACGGGGUGUCAACUUCCGGCCGCCGCGCUACCCCUACCUGCCCAACAGCUACCGGCCGGAGAACAGCUACACGCUGCCUAUUCGCAAGGAUGACUACGGCCAUGUGGCCCAGCCCCAGGUGCCCAUGGGUAGCAGCACUGUGGAUCUGAACCGCUCGCAGCCAGAGCGCUUCCAGGCCGAGCCAUAUGGCCUGGAGGAUGAUCGCCGCAGCUUGGGCCCUGAAGAGGAGGAGCCAUACGAGCUGGAGCCCGACUAUUCCACCGCCAACCGCCGCACCCUGCAGGGGGCCAACCGGGGUCGCACCCACCGGGAACCCCUUCGUGAUAUGCCCCGAGUCAGAGGGUACCCGGAUGAAGCCAUUGAACCAGAGCUGAUCGAUGAGCGCCACCCUUACAUCCAUGGCAUGUAUUCGGCGCCGCUGGCCCUGCCGGAGAGGGGGAGCAUGGCCAGUCUGGACCGCAUGGGUGGCCGACGCUCACCGUCCAUUGACAGCAUGCGGAAGGACCCGCGCUGGCGUGACCCAGACCUCCCCGAGGUCAUCGCCAUGCUGGGCCACCCCAUUGACCCGGUCAAGUCCAACGCCGCCGCCUACCUGCAGCACCUGUGCUACGAAAAUGACAAGAUCAAGAAGGAUGUGCGUCAACUGAAGGGGAUUCCUGUUCUGGUGGGGCUUCUGGACCACCCCAAACCCGAAGUCCACCGCAAGGCUAGCGGCGCCCUGCGCAACAUCUCCUACGGCAAGGACAAUGACAACAAGGUGGCCAUCAAGAUCUGCGACGGCAUCCCGGCACUCGUCCGCCUGCUGAGGAAGACCAACGACAUGGAAGUUCGAGAGCUCAUCACCGGAACCUUGUGGAAUCUGUCGUCCUAUGAACCCCUGAAGAUGGUGAUCAUCAACCACGGCCUGCAGACCCUGACCAACGAGGUUAUUAUUCCCCAUUCUGGUUGGGAGCACGAGCCAAACGAGGAUUCAAAGCCCCGCGACGCCGAGUGGACCACCGUCUUCAAGAACACCUCCGGCUGCCUCAGAAACGUGAGCUCAGACGGGGCAGAGGCUCGGCGCAGACUGAGGGAAUGCGAGGGAUUGGUGGACGCCUUGCUGCACGCUCUCCAAUCAGCUGUAGGGAAGAAAGACAUGGACAACAAGUCUGUGGAGAACUGUGUUUGUAUUAUGAGGAACUUGUCCUACCACGUCCACAAAGAGGUGCCGGGGGCCGAAAGGUUCCAGGACCCCUCAGCGCUUCAGGCUCCUGGCUCAGCAGGACCACAGAGGAAGAAAAAGGAUGACGCCGGCUGCUUCGGAGGCAAGAAGGCCAAAGAGGAAUGGUUUAAUCAAGGCAGGAAGAACGGCGAGAACGACAAAAACUACGACACACUGGAUCUGCCCAAGCGCUCGGAGCCCUCAAAAGGCUUUGAGCUGCUGUAUCAGCCGGAAGUGGUGAGGCUCUACCUAUCUCUGCUGACGGAGAGCCAGAACUACAACACCCUGGAGGCCGCUGCAGGGGCUCUGCAAAACCUCAGCGCUGGACAGUGGACCUGGUCCAACUACAUUCGAGCCACGGUGCGUAAGGAGAAAGGUCUUCCCAUCCUGGUGGAGCUGCUGCGCUCCGACUCCGACAAGGUGGUCCGAGCUGUGUCCAUCGCCCUGCGCAACCUGUCCAUUGACCGCCGCAACAAGGACCUGAUCGGAAGUUAUGCCAUGCGGGACUUGGUGAGCAACUUGCCCAGCGGCCAGCAGCGACCAGCCAAAAACCUGGAGGAGGACACUGUGGUCGCCAUCCUCAACACCAUCCAUGAGAUUGUCACUGACAGCUCCGAAAAUGCCCGCUCCCUCGCCCAGGCUCAGGCCAUUGAGAAGCUGGUCGCCAUCAACAGGACUAGCCAAUCAGCUCGCGAAACCAAGGCGGCGUCCCACGUGCUGCAGACGGUCUGGAGUUAUAAGGAGCUGAGGAACGCUUUGACCAAGGACGGCUGGAACAAAGGCCACUUCCAGCCCACGACAGCAACCACCCCUAAAGCAACCAAGAACGGCAAGCCAGGCUACGACGACACCACCCUGCCCCUGAUGGAGAAGAACCAAGGCACCAGGAAAUGUUGCAGUGGUGAUAUGAUACCUAUGGAUGAGCUGGGUCCAGAUGGUUACUCCACCAUUGACCAGAGGGACAAGGACUGCAAAUUUAAGACAGUUGAUGGCUCAGUGGACCAGACAGAACGGGAGCCAUCAAAGAAUGACACAAAUAGGAAACACUAUAUCAGGACUAACAGGCCUGCAGUCAGUCUGGUGGACGCUUGUGAUGUUAAGCCCCAGCCUGUUGAUUCCUGGGUCUAAAUGCAUGCAUGGCUUAAAGUAACGACACCCAGCUAGAGAAGGAUCUCUCAUAUCAUCACUGCCAUUUCACAUGGAGCUCAUCUUUGGAGUUGGACUUUGUACAGAAAAGAGGAUUAAAAAAAAAAAAUGAUGAUCAGCAACUGCCCAGCAAACAGCCAACAUUCUCAUGCUUUUCAGAAAAAGAAAAAAAAAGAAUAAAAAGUGACUACUUUCUCAAAUCUACAUUCCCACUGGACUUUACAGUGUUGAGCUCUACCGGUGACCAAAAACGGACAAAGGGCCGGUGCUGGUGAAGGAAUGGACGUAUGAAGGGCGAACAAAGUGAGAUGAAGGAAAUCAAUGGAAAAGGAAUGUGUGUUGGAAGGAAAUCUGUGGGAAGCUGGAAUGAGUGGUGACUGCAUUUCAGUUUUCACAUCUGGAAGAAGUUCAUGCUUCAGUUUUGCCGGUUUUGGAGAAUUUUACUUUCAGAUUGUUGUCGGGCUUUGGUAAUUUGAUGUGAACAGGUAUGGACUGGUGUGUUUGAAGGUCACAGAAUGUUGUUUGCAGAUUGGUGUGAUGGACACGUGAAGGUGAAAUGAGAGAAACCGAUCCUGAGAAGAACUGUAGCAUAGUUGAUGAACAUGUACACCCAGCAGUCUGCUCUUGUAGACUUACAAUAUAUUUGGUUCACUGUGUUUAUUCUUUUUUUUAAAGUGCACUGAGAUGGUUUGAAAUCAAAAGUUUUUAACAAGUGAUUGAUGUUCAUUUAUAAAGUGAGGUGUCUGCAAGUUGUGGUCCGGAGAAAAGAAAGCGACAUAGUGUGUACAUCACAUGAAGUAACAGUUUCUGUUCACACUGCAUCGGAAAAGUAAGCUAAAAACGGAAACCAGCGGUUUCUGUUUCAUCGUGGUCAUCAUGUUGACCCUCACUCACAGAGCCGUGGUUACUUGUGUAACCACUCAUAUCGUGUAGCGACGCAGUUUCACGAGUUUCCUGGCUGGUUGCUCUUUGUCAAUGAUGUGUAUUAAAGAGGAUAUAAGGCAUUUUGUUCAUAAAUGAUUUGUGUUUUUGAAAAGAGAGGCGCAAGUUUGUUCUCUUGAUGAAAGGGUAGAUCUAAAAGCAGUUUUUAUUUUUGUUGGCUUUUAUAUAAAUGUAUAUGAGGUUCAAAAGGAAAUAAAAUUGAAAAAUGAAGGAGACAAAAAAACAACAAAAAUGACCGACUUCUUAGUUGUAUAUUAAUAUCACAUUGUUUGGAAGCACAUCUCAUUUGAUAAAGGCUCACCAUGUUUGUAAACAAGAAAUAACCACGUAACUUAAAUGUGUGUCAAAUAUUGUCAAGUUACGCCGACGAUCACCUAUUUAUAUUUUGUAUUUGUCCAAAAAAAAAUUACAGAAAAAAAGUUUAUCUGCAGUGUUCUUUCUAAAGGCCAUGUUGUCUGACAGCCCGUGAAUCUUCAAACCAGACACUCUGGAGGGGUCAGAGGUCAGGCCAAUGAGAUAGACAAGAGACGGCAGUGUUAAUAAAGGUUCUUUAGUUUUUCUUCCUGAUGCAUUCAGACCAAGUUACCGCUAACCCUGAACCCUACUUCACCGGUGCAUCUUAAGAAAUAUUCAGUCGUGAGCAUGAAGCAAAACUGUACAGAUGUUUAUAUUCUAUUCUUUCCAAGUGCCAGUUUUUUGUGGUGUCAUUUGGAUAUUAACUAAUUAAUUCAUGUGCAAGAAGAGAGUACAGGAAGACGAGUGGAUCUGGAUGUUUAGGGCAAAAUAAAAGAGUUACAUCACACUGUACAGAAACAAAACAUCAAGUUUGGUCAUAUAGUAUAUAUUUUUACAAGGUGUUAGGGUGGGCAGUUGAGAUGAAGAAAAGCAGAGAGAUACAGUAUCAUAUUGAUGUGUUUCUCUUGCUUGGUGAGAUUGCAAACUAAAUCCAGUGAUGAUGUGUUUUAGUCUCCUUGCCAGCCUCAGUCUGUCAGAGAAACAGAAAGAGAAUCCAAUCCAAGUUGGCAUCACUCAUGCGUCAUCAAGGCGAAUGGCAUGUGCCUGCGUUGAAGUCUGAUUUUUCUUUGUGACGUAUGUGACUUUAUGAAGCUUGCAUAUUUUACACAGUGUUUACAAAGAUGUAUGUUGUGGUAAAAAUCAAUAAACUACAAAAAAAAACUUACUGUAUAGAUAUUAAUUUCAGAGGUUAAAAAAAAAAAUUAUGAAGAUACCCAGCAAUCCCUUUUGUGUGUCCUCAGAAGUGUGUGCUUUCAUUGGACAAUACUGAACCCUAACAACAAAGACCCGAAUGACUGUCUAUUCCUGACUGCACUUUGCAGUACCACAACCAAAGGAUCUGGAGUUGUAUUUACAUGCAUUCAUAACAGGGGGGGGUUUGGUUUUGUGGAUGUACAACGCAUUGUAAAUUCCCCAAAUAAAGAGCCAAGCAGCUGUGUUGUAAAAGAAAUGCAGGACACGGACACACAUCGAAUCAAACAUACCUACCUGUGUAGAUAUAACUGAUUCAAGACCGUCAAAAUCAAGUAACUGUUCUACUCAGUAGCAGAUGUGUUUGUACCUAUCAUGUGCCUUAACCUUUUCCAUGGUAGAUAAAAAUAAGUGUGUUUUAUAUAACUUUAUUCCUCCCUUUCAACUGCCAUCUCUCCAUUCUGUCUGUUCACCUCUCCUCCACCCUUCCUCCCUUUUACCUUCACUCAAGUCACUCAUUCAUUCAUUCUGCCCCCCGACCCCUUGUAGGAUAGACUGUUGGUGGGUUUCUGCAUUGUAUUACAUUGUAUUAUAAACUUUUAAAAAGAUAGUCAUUCGAAUAAUGGUUUUGAUUUCCUAGAGGAGUAAAGUUGUUAAUGCUUUCGUAGCGAGCAGAAGCGAUGCCACAGUGACAGAAUGUAUUAUGUUAAUUUUACUAAUACCCAGAGGCAAAUAUUACGCUUGUUAAACAUAACGGAAAAAUACUGGUUUGUAGAGUAUACAUUUGGUGUGUUUUCAAUAAAUCAUGCCUGGAAAGAA